ACUCACAGCCACCCGGGCACACGGACGCGGACCGGGACACUCGCAACACGGCGCAAUCCCAAACAACCGGAGUGCGCCACCAAACGUACGCGAGGAGAAAAGCGCAAGGAAAAACUGUUCACGUGAGUGAGACCGCGCCGGCGCGCGCGCAAACUAGUGCGGUUGUUAUAAUUUUAUUGUGCGAUUAUCAUCGGGCAGGCACUGGGCCGCGCGGUGUCCCGCUGUGUGGCGGUCAAUUUUCACCCAUAAUCACGGUGGGUCGCGGCAGGAAAAUCUUCGUGCCCGGUUGAAAGUUUAAUUAUUAUUAUUUUCCCGCCCCCCGAUCGACCAAGCAGGCGAAGCACGGUGGUGGAAGUGUGUGUGUGUGUGGGAUUCGAAUUGUACACCAAGUGAGUUAUGUGAGCGUGCUUGUGCGUGAAUGUGAGUUUGUGCGUCGUGGAAAUCAGUGUGCGAAGUAGUUCUUUACGGGAGUAAGCAAUAAUUCAACGCGAUAGUACACUCGGCGAGGUGAUCGUUGGAUGUCUCAUAGAUCGCUUUCGUAGUACCAGUGAGUAGAGGAAACACUCGUAACUAUUGCUUACAAAUUGUGCGCUGGCGUGGAGAGGAAAAUUCAAAACAACCCACCCGUACCCAGCGCGAUCCUCUCCCAUUUUCCAUCAGUUCCCUUCCGACGGGCGGCUUCAGCGGUGCGGCAGCAUGUGUGAAAUACAGCCUGCUGCGACCUUUGUCUGUCGUUGCGGCAGUGACAGAAGAAGUGUGAUCUGAAGAAGUGCGAAUUGUCGUGUGCCUGCGCUCUCCGGUGCCGAUUAGUGAAAAUUGCUCAAGGUGUGAAAAUUGGCCUACGGAAGGAAAAUAUAGAUACAUCCGCAUUGCUGUUGCUUUACGGUACAGUUCAACGAAGUCGUUCGGUCUUUAAGUUGGCGCCAAAGGCCUUUCGGGCGGAGUGGAUCAAUUGAGUGUUUUGUUGUGUUGGUGGGAAAAUCACAACCCCUCCCCCUUCUCAUCAUGAUGCAUCAUCUCGAUUUUUCCAACGGUCAUCGACACGGUGACAGUACGCUCGGAAUGGCGGGCGGAUCGACGGGCACGAUGCUGCACGAGUCGUUCUCUAGCCUGGUGGGAACCAUGCCGUCGGCAGUCGAUCUGAACGGGACAGACUUUCUGCAUCACUACAGUCCGGCGGCCGUCGACUAUUGGAAUCCGGUGGCGUACAAGAACGGUACCAAUCCGAUGAAAGCAAUGGAAGCCUGCAUUCAGAAUGCCAACAAAGGACAAUACAAUCCACUGGAACAGGUCGAGCAGCUCAGCAUUAGUUGUGACAGCGAGUCACAGGCCUCACCGCUAGAACAGUCUGGAGUGCACGGUCUUCAUCAGGCUGCCAACAACCUCAACAACCUUGGACAUCAUCAGCUUAAUCAUGAUGCACACAACAACAACAACAACAGUCUUAGCAGUAACAAGAAUCUUCGCGAAUCACGCAACGAUGGCAAAAUGCAGCGAUCUACAGGCUUGCGCCACAAAUCACGUGCAGGACGGCGUGGUGCACCAAGCUCCCACAACUCUUCUCCAGAGGUGCACGAGGACUCACGCACAGGUAUGGAGGUGGACCAGGAAGAGUGCAGCAGAACGGACGAGGAAGAUGUCGAGGGUAGCGAUGAGGAUACGGGUGGUGAUGGCGAUGGUGAUGGUAGUAGAAGAGCGUCUAUUAUUCAAAAUGGCAGCAGACAGUCGCAGCACCAGCAGCAACAGUCCAGUACCAAGCAGCCGGGAGCGCCUCCGACGACCACUUUCGCAAGCAAAAAGUCACCCGAGAUGGAUAAGCCUUAUCACUCGUCGCUCGCUUCGGCGGUGGUCGUACUGGAGGGGAAACACUUGUGGGACAAGUUUCACGAGCAGGGGACGGAGAUGAUAGUCACCAAAGCUGGGCGCCGCAUGUUUCCGACCUUCCAGGUGAAGGUGGUCGGGCUGGAGCUGGCCGCGGAGUACCUCAUGAUUAUGGACUUUGUGCCGCUCGACGAUAAGCGCUAUCGAUACGCGUUUCACACCUCGAGUUGGGUUGUCGCCGGUAAAGCGGAUCCAAUCUCACCGCCACGCAUCAGCGUCCACCCGGACUCCCCGGCGACUGGGGCCACCUGGAUGAAGCAGACGAUAUCCUUCGACAAGCUAAAGCUCACCAACAACCAGCUCGACGACAAUGGACAUAUCAUUCUCAACUCGAUGCAUCGCUACCAGCCCCGGCUGCACGUUUGCUACUUCACGCGCAACGGCGUCAAGGACGAAAAGGACACCCUGACGCACCGCACGUUCGUCUUUCCGGAAACGUCAUUCACGGCCGUCACCGCCUACCAGAACCAGCGGGUGACGCAGCUAAAAAUUGUCAGCAAUCCCUUCGCAAAGGGUUUCCGGGACAACGAGACGAAUGAAGAAUCUCAGGAACGAUCGGCACCGGCCAUAAGCGAUCGGUUGAAAAAUGAGCGCAGCUCCAGCUACAAAAAGGAUAGCGAAAUGGCAACCAUUUCAACUGGCACGUCGUGCUCCUCGCCCCGGAUAACUUCCUCCUCCAGUACGGCCACCGCCGCUGCCACCAACACCACGGCAGCCUCCGUCCUGUCGCUACAUCAAUCCGCACACCAUCAGCACACCUCGCUGCACCAUCUUCAGCACCACCUGCAGCAUCUUCAUUCGGCGCCCGGCGCUAACCCCGCCGACGGAGCCGUAACGUCAACCGACGGCCAUCAUCAUCACCCUCACCAUCAACAUCAACAGGCACAUCUACAACAGCAUCAGCAACAGCAGCACCAGCAACACCACCACAACGGCACUGGCGGCGGUUUGCCGUCGCUCGUACCGGGACAUCAUUCGCCUCUGAAUUCGCCUGCAUCGUCGUCCGGUGGCGGAUCGUCCCUCUCGCCGUACGGUCUAUCCCCGCACGGUGCCAGUUCGGGCGGUACACCCACUGCGGGCUCGACCGUGGGUUCCGGUGGCAAUAUGCUUGCCCAACCGUACGCCUCCGAUGCGAGCGGUUUCGGUCCGAUCUAUCACCAUCAUCAUCAUCACCAUCAUCACAACCCGCUGGCGGGAGGACCGGCACCGUACAUGGGACAUCCUUCGUUUGUGGAUAAGUAUAAGCUGUCCGCCACGCCACCUCCACCACCUGCACCGCCCAACACGCUGACUCCACCGGGAACGACGUACGCGGGCCAUUAUCAGGGCUUCUACGCUGGAGCAAGCCAUCCCGGAGCGGCCAUGAUCUCUACCGGGCAUCACACAAUGGCGCAUGGGACGAGGACGACCGUUUCGUCGAUUGCCUGUCGAGAUAGGGCCGAUCAUGGCUGGUAUCCUUAGCUGGACGAUUAGAGGAGAUAUACAGAGAUGAAAACAAUGAUAAUAAGGAUGCCAAUCACACGGACAUAACCGUGAUCGCGUAGUAUUGAACAAUUAUGUGGAAACUAUUUAUUAAGAAAGUCAAUUGUGAAUAGACCAAUAAAAGCGUUAUGCUAACAAU